AUGUGCCGAGCACCUGGGAAAGGAGAGCAGCGUCUCUCCUUCACCCUCCUCCUCUUCGGGACCUUCAACGACGCGACGGCUUCAUCACUUGCCUCCGAGCCCACGACCUCCGCCCCCUAUGCUGUGUCGACCUACGAAAAAUUCACUUUCUACUAUGGCAUUGCGGGCAACAGCGACCACCCCAACCUACUUUAUCGCUCAGAUUACAAGGCCAACCCCUUCCGCCUACCCCAAGGCCGUUUUGCCACGCCUCCCGCUAAGAGAGUCACGGACGUCUACGGCACUUCCAUCACCAAAGCCUGGAGGAAGAUCGCUCGCGGCAUCACAUCCAUUCUCAAAGCCAAUGGCGUCUCCUCUGGUACCGUCGAUGCGGCUCGUUUCGUCGUCUCCGGAGAAGAUGGUGUCGAGAGGAUCGGCCCUCCUGUGAUCUGGAUAUCAGUUAUUCCUGGCUCCUUCGACAACGCUCGUGCCCACAUUGCCACCCAGCCCAUGCUGGCUCUUCUCAGGCAGUGUGGAGCUGGGGAUGCUGUUGCGUCCGGUCCAGGUUUUAUGUCCGAUGUCGCGACCCAUAACCCCACCGCUCAUGUGCGCCAUCCAUUCACCUCCACCCUCAACAUCCCGCUCACGACCAAGGAGAGGCAGGAGGAUGACUUCGAGGGCAGCCUCACGCUCUAUUUCCACGAGGACGUUGACCAGGUCGCCUCCGCUGUCCUGGGUGUCUCGUGCUCUCACGUCCUCAGGAUCAACACCCUGGAGGAUUAUCGGCUUGGCGGCCCCGGUGCACCCAGGAAGUAUUUCCAGCGGUCUCUCGACCACGUCAAGACCCUCGUCGGCCACUGUGUGGUCCGGAUAGGCAACCACAAGCGCGAUAUUACGCGGCUGGAGGCGAUCAACUCCAGGGAUGCGGAAGAGGAGAAGGAGCUGAAGGAGGCCCAACGCAGCAUGGGGAAAGACACCGAGUCGAUCUCGGAACUUGAAAAGUUCUACAACGAGUUGAAGACUCGGUGGAGCGACGCCAGCGAUCGCGACAUUGGGUUUCUCCGUAUCGCCAAAGCCCUCACCGUUGGCGCCAUUGGAGACCGGGGAGACGUGGAGGACGUGGAAUCCGUGGAGGCCGCGGGAUAUACAGAGGACUGGGGAGCCUUCGAACUGCUCGAUGGGAAGUACAGGAAGGAGUUUAAGGGUACCGUCGUCGACCUAGGUACCAAAGUUCCUAUUGAGGACGUCGCACAAAAGUUCUCCACACAAGAGAAUACUCCCACACCCUUCAUAUACCCCUCCCGCCGUCUGUAUGAAAUUGACAGUGCUGCAUCUCCGGAGCUCCUUGACAACCCCGACACGGUGGACAACGACAGCAAGCCCUGUCUCAUCGUCGGCAAGGAUGGUACAACGACCGGGCUUACCUUUGGCAGGUAUUCGGGCCUUGAAUCGGUCGUCUUUGAUUCAAACGUCGAGUCGUGGGAGCUAGCCAUCUACAACUGGAGCAAGGGCUCGCCCUCAUUCUGCAGUGCAGGUGACUCUGGAGCCCUCAUCUGGGAUGGGAAGCACCGCGCCGUUGGUCAACUCCACUCCCAUGGCGUCAAGUCUUGCUCCAACAACGCCGCCCAUGUCACUUACGCGACCCCUGCGUGGUGGCUCAUACAGCGUAUCAAGAAGGAGUUUCCUAACGCUGGUUUCUUCCACAAGACCUGGCAUAUCUGA